AUGUUUGACAAUGUCUCUAUCUCUGUCCUUCUGGAUAACUUUUCUUCACACUCGUUCUCACCUGCCACUGGGGUUCUCCAAUGUUCUGUCCUCAGUCCACAUCUGUAUUCAAUAUAUAUCAACUCCCUGCCCCCAUUGCUCCGCACAGUUGCUCACUCACAAACUACAACCCAUGUUCCAUCACCCUCUCCUACCUCAUUGGAUGCGUAUAAUGCUCUUCUUGCUCCUUCAGGUGUGGAUGGCUUUGGACAUAUUCAUUUCUCAACACCUAUCAAUUCUCUGCUCUUUGCCGACAAUGUAGCUAUUUUUUGUUCUCUUUCAGACGUUCAGACCAUGCUAGAUCUUGCUGCAGACCACUCUCUUACUCUUGGAUAUCGAUGGAGCCCAACCAAAUGUGAAGUUAUAUAUCUCAAAACACGUGCAAGCUCGCCAGUUUCUCUUCUUCUAUAUGGUCAAGUUCUCCCUGCCACUGACCAGUUCAUUUAUCUGGGUGUUCCUUUUGCUAAUAAGGGUAUUUCUUCCAAGUCCAUUGCCACUCAUAGACGUUCUGAUACACUUGCUACAAUGGCAACACUAAACUCUGUUGGAGCUUGUCGUUCUGGUUUUUCUCUGCUGCUCAGCUCACGAUUGUAUAAGACCUUUGUCCGCCCAAAGUUUGAAUAUGAUUUGGCAAUCUCCACUCUUCUGAAACAAGAUAUCAAAGUGCUGGAGUCCAUUCAAGAUAAGUGUCUUCACAUAAUUGUUGGAGGCAUGCCACGUCCUCCACAACUGUGUUAA